GCGGUUGAGUUUCAGUUUGCUUUCCACUACACACGGAUUAAGCUCUGCAGCCUUGGCUACAGAAGUGAUUUCUAGAUAUAGCCUGUCAACUUGAUUCUCUGAGAAUGCAGCAUGCCAUAGAGUGACAGUGUUGGUCUCAGUAAAGCAGCAACAGGAGUUGGUAGCCUGAAUUUAUUUCACAGGACAAAAGAACAACAUUGGAAAUGCCAGAGGCUUACCAGGCUUUUGUGACUCUGGCUACUACUGAUCCCUACUGCAUGGGGAGUCUAGUGGUGGGCAAGUGCUUGCGAAGGCAUGGAACAACUCGAAAACUGGUGGCGAUGGUGUCUCCGAACAUUAGCACAGAGGCACGUUUGUCUUUGGAAGAUGUGUUUGAUGAGGUUAUUGUGGUGGACAUGUUGGACAGCCGGGACAGAGCUCAUCUCUUCUGGCUUGGGCGUCCAGAUCUGGGAAUCACUUUUACCAAGCUUCACUGUUGGACACUUACACAGUACACCAAAUGUGUGUUCCUGGAUGCUGAUACACUUGUGUUGUGUAAUGUUGAUGAGCUGUUUGAUCGAGAAGAGCUCUCUGCAGCUCCAGAUCCAGGCUGGCCCGACUGCUUCAACUCUGGUGUAUUUGUAUUCAGACCGUCACUGGAGACCCACUCACGCCUGCUGGAACAUGCCAAGAUGUGUGGCAGCUUUGAUGGAGGUGAUCAGGGGCUUUUAAAUACUUUUUUCAGUGACUGGGCAAUAAAGGACAUCAAUAAGCAUCUACCGUUUAUUUACAACCUCAGCGCCAAUGCGAUCUACACCUAUUUGCCGGCUUUUCACAAAUAUGGCCAUCAAGCAAAGAUUGUGCACUUCCUAGGAAGGUACAAGCCCUGGCAUAUUCCAAACAAGCAGCAACCACCCACUGACGCUCCUCAAUGGGAUACCAACAGGAACUUAGACAAAUAUGUGGACCAGUGGUGGGCGGAGUAUUACGGCCACACAAAAAUGCAUGCAGAUGAGCCUCAGGAGCUCCAGGAUGUUGAACACACUGAGCAACUGGGCAUGUCAGAGGCUGUACCCUGUUCUAUACAAGCGCCCACUUCAUGGCAUAGUUCACAGCCCUCUGUGACAUCACCCACCACUCCUCAUCCUCACCCUCACAGCCAUGAGUUAGUCCCUCAGGCAGAGGAGAGAGAAGAGAAAGAACCUAGUGAAUUGCUUACGGAGCUGACGCUGAAUGCACCGAGCUCAAGCACAUGUCAUCAGCUGGAGGACACGUGUCUUAAACCUGACGACUUAUCCAAAGCCGAGGCUGAGAUUUUGGAACAGUCCCAGUUUCAGGAACCACCGGUUGAACAAAAACAGGAAGAAGUCAUCUCAGGAGUAGAAUCAGUUCUCUCAGAGGCUGCAUCAAACACUGAAGUUUCAAAUGCAAAUUUGGAGCAUCGAAAGAGAUGGGAAGAGGGCCGUAUUGAUUACCUGGGCAAGGAUGCCUUUGAAAACAUCCGGAUGAAGCUCGACCAGUUUCUUGAUUAACAUCCCGUUUUGUGUGUGUGAGUGAAUAAAUAGCAGACAUUCAUCUGGAUUGCAUCCAU